UUUUCUUUUAAUGGAUCAAAUUCCCUCGAUGCAGCAGAACCCAAAAUAAAACCGAGUCGGAACUAAAAGUGUCGCAUCGCCAAAAACCGCGUCGGGCCGGUUUCGCGGUGACUCACAACGCCAUUGAUCUGGAGCCGUAACAUCACACAGGCUGGUUGAAAUGGAAGGGGGAGGGGCACCGGCUGUCGACCUGAGCAGGAAGUUUGUGUCCGAAACUGAGCUUGAUGAGAAAAGAAAGCAAAGACAGGAAGAGUGGGACAAAGUGAGGAAACCCGACGAUCCAGAGGAGGCUCCGGAGGAGGCGUACGACUCUCGAACCCUCUUCGAGCGGCUGCAGGAGCAGAAAGACAAGAAGCAGGAGGAAUAUGAGGAGCAGUUCAAAUUCAGGAACAUGGUGAGAGGAUUGGAUGACGACGAGAGCAGCUUCCUGGACGAGGUCUCCCGGCAACAGAGCCUGGUGGAGAAGCAACGCAGGGACGAGGAGAAGAAGGAGCUGCUGGAAUACAGAAGCGCUCUAGUGAAGAAGGCGUCGACUGAAACACGCAAAGAACCUGAAAAGAAGGUAGCGCCUAAACAUUCAGGACCAGAGCAGAGGACCAGUCACCUGUCUCAAGCCCAUUUAUUGGCUGGAGCUGUAAAGAGGCGCAGUUCCUCCCAGUCGUCAGACACCAGUAAGAGACAGAAGGUGGAAAUCACAGCAGCAACGACAGGAAACGGAGACAGACACACAGAACAGGAGGCAGGAGGAGCAGGGGGAGCUGAAGACCAACAAACCGUCCCCGACCUGACGUCCACGACGCCCUCGGCUCCCCAGGGCUCCGGCCAGGGCGUCCUACACCUGCCGUCCGCCGCCGUGUGCGUCGGCGUUUUACCGGGAAUGUGGGUUUACUCUGGCAGCAGCGACUCUGACAGCAGCUCGGACAGCGAAGGUAGCGUGGACCCAAUCAUGUUGCCGUACCCCCGGCUCAACAGGGCUUACAGAUAGACACACACACAAACA